UGAGCGCCAAGUGUACACUUCCAGGACACCGGCAACUGCUCGACGUGAACGUAGCGCGGAAGUGGUGCAGUGGUCGACAGACAGAGCGUGAAUCAACCCGUAGAGCUCCCACAGCUGAAGCAGAAUGCCUCCUAAGUUUACGAAGAAGGAGCCAGCGAAGAAAGAGGCGGCACUACCUGUCGAGCCGGAAAAGCCAAAGGAGCCUGUGUUUGAUGCCAAGGCUGUCAAGGUUACUUUCACGAAAGAACAAAUUAAUCAGUUCAGUGGCACAUUCGUCCUCUUCGACAAGGCUGGUGAUAUGAAGGUCCCACUAAACAUGGUGGGCGACGUCAUCCGUGCCCUUAAGUUUAACCCCACCAACCUUUCAGUCAGCAUCGUCCAAGGGAAGCUCAAGCCUGAAGAAAUGGAGGGCAAACUGGUGGACUUUGAUCAGUUUCUGGUGAUGCUUCAGUUCAUUGUCAACCUCAAAGAGGAGGGAACCGUCGAGGACUUUAAGGAGGGUCUGAAGCUCUUCGACAAGGAGGGAAAUGGUACAGUGCUGGCCCCUGAGGUGCGCCAGUUCCUCGUGACUCUCGGAGAGAAGAUGCCGCUGGAAGAUGUGGAUUUCCUCCUCGCUGGCCUGGAAGAUGCAGAAGGAUAUAUGAAAAUCGAUGAAUUCAUCACAAGAGUCAUGGCUGGUUAAAUUGAUUUUUGCGGCUCUCGGGAAAAAAAUUUUGAUCAACAAUGUCUUACGAAGGACAAAGAAAACAAUUAAAGAACAAUCCAAGCUUUUACAUCUGCUAAUGUAUUGUCCAAUGUACAGAUUAUUUAAGCCACAUUGAGUCAAUCAUAAAAAAGGGAUUUUAAUGAAUAAACCAAUACACACCGUGA